AUGAAUUUUGACUUUACCGACAAGACUGAAACUACCAUUGCCGCUGCGGUUCAGUCGGCCAAGGACCACGCCAACGCUCAAGUUACUCCCUUCCACAUUGCUAAUGCGCUACUCAACGAAGGGAGUGGUGUUGCCGACAACGCGGCUGGUACAUCUCUGUUUGCAUCAGUGAUUGCUAAAGCUGGUGGCGAUAUUGCCUCCGUAAACCGUGCAAUCCAGAAGCAACUAGUGCGAUUACCUUCUCAAGACCCACCUCCAGAUGAAACGACAUUCAGCUCAGCGACUGUGAAGGUACUUCGGGAGGCACAGAGUAUACAAAAGGACAUGCAUGAUUCGUAUAUUGCACAGGACCAUCUCAUCCUCUCUCUCGUCAAGGACUCCGGAGUUAUCGCCUUGCUGAAAGAAGCAAAUCUUACCCCUGCCGCGAUCAAGACUGCUACACAAGCAACUCGAGGAAACCGUCGGGUUGAUAGCAAGAAUGCCGAGCAAGGCUUCGAUGCGCUCACCAAGUAUGCGGUUGACCUGACCGCACUGGCUGAAGAGGGCAAAAUUGAUCCCGUCAUUGGACGCGACAACGAAAUUCGGCGAGUUGUCCGCAUCUUGUGUCGACGAACAAAGAACAACCCCGUUCUUAUCGGCGAGCCUGGUGUCGGAAAGACUGCCAUCGCAGAGGGUCUGGCUCAACGCAUUGUGAAGCGUGAUGUUCCCGCAUCCUUGCUUGGACGACUGUUCAGCUUGGACAUGGGUGCAUUGAUGGCUGGCGCCAAAUACAAGGGUGAAUACGAGGAGCGGAUCAAGUCUGUAUUGAGCGAGAUCGAGAAGAAGGGAGAGGAGGGCGUUGGAAUCAUUCUUUUCAUCGACGAGUUGCACCUGAUCAUGGCUGGUAGUGGAAAUUCGAGUGGCGGAAUCGAUGCUGCGAAUCUUCUGAAACCUCUACUUGCUCGCGGCAAACUUCGUUGUAUCGGUGCGACGACCUAUGCUGAAUACCGUCAGUACAUCGAGAAGGAUGCGGCGCUCGAGCGUCGGUUCGCCCAGGUCAUCGUCAACGAGCCAUCCGUUCCCGACACCAUUAGUAUUCUCCGUGGUAUUCGGGAACGAUACGAAGUUCACCAUGGUGUUCGAAUCCUCGACCCCGCGCUUAUUCAAGCGGCUGUCCUCGCACACCGAUACUUGACCAGCCGCCGUCUCCCCGACUCGGCGAUUGACCUGGUCGAUGAGGCCUGCGCAAGCGUUAGGGUCACCCGCGAAACGAGCCCCGAGGAGAUUGACAAACUGGAGCGCAAGAAACUCGAGCUAGAGAUUGAAAUUCAUGCUCUUGAGCGCGAAAAAGAUACUGCGAGCAAGGAGCGUCUAACUAUUGCCAAGAAAGCCAUUGCAGACCUCGAAGAUCGUCUCCAACCUAUGAAGGCCGCUUACGAGAACGAGAAGCGCCGCGGCAAUGAGCUCAACGAGAUUCGCAAGAAGAUAGAUGAGCUUAGGGCCAAGGCAGACGACGCUGAGCGGCGCUACGAUAUUACUACUGCCUCUGAUUUAAGAUACUAUGCUAUCCCUGACCUCCAAAAGCGGCUCGAAGCCCUCGAACGCAAGAAGGAAAGCGAAGAGCCUUCAGCCAACGACGCAGUCACUCCUGAAGCCAUUGCCGAAAUUGUCUCUCGCUGGACCUCAAUCCCCGUUACCCGCCUAAUGUCAACCGAACGCGAGAAACUAUUGCGUAUGGAAAAGAUCCUUUCGGAGAGUGUCGUCGGCCAACCCGAGGCUGUCAAGGCUGUCGCGAAUGCGAUUCGUCUCUCUCGCAGCGGCUUGGCAAACAAAAACCGCCCCAUUGCUUCGUUCCUCAUGGCCGGUCCAUCCGGUACUGGUAAAACGCUACUGAGUAAAACACUGGCAACUCUGCUCUUCGACUCACCUGAUGCCAUGAUCCGUAUUGACGGCAGCGAAUAUUCCGAAAAGCACUCCAUCUCUCGACUUAUCGGUGCACCUCCGGGUUACAUCGGCCAUGACUCCGGAGGACAGCUCACCGAGUAUGUGCGACGCAAGCCAUACAGUAUUGUCCUCAUCGACGAGAUCGAGAAGGCUUCUCGUGAAUUUGUUACGCUAUUCCUGCAAGUCCUCGACGAUGGUCGCCUAACUGAUGGACAGGGUCGCAUUGUUGACUUCCGUAAUACGGUCGUCAUCAUGACUUCUAACCUUGGGGCAGCGUACCUAAACGAUAUGGGUGAGGGUCCUGUCAGGCCCGAGGCACGCAACCUUGUCAUGGGCGCAAUCCAAGCCCACUUCCCGCCCGAGUUUGUCAACCGUAUCGACGAGGUUAUCGUCUUCCGCACUCUGUCUCGCGGAAACGUGAUGAAAAUCGUUGACAUUCGCCUCAAGGAGCUCGAAGAGCGCAUCGCGGAUCGCAAGUUGAAAAUCAAUAUCGACCCGGAAGCCAAGCAUUACCUUGGUUCUAUUGGCUACUCACCCAUCUAUGGUGCUCGCCCGCUAAAUCGCGUGAUUCAGCAAGAGUUGCUCAAUCCACUCUCGGUCUUGAUACUCGAAGAGCGUAUCCGAGAUGGCGAGGUAGUCAAUGUCAAGUUCGAUGGACCUCAUAACCGUCUCCACAUCGUACCUAAUCACGAGGGGACUGGGGCUCAGUACGAUGACAUGAUGGAUUACGACGAUGAUGUUGAGAUUGAAGAAAUGGACUAA